AUGGUUCAUCUGGUUUCGGAGCGUCCGCGCGAGUCGGUAGUACCCAUCCUGCUUCAGCACUGUGCUGGCCGGAGGAAGGGGAAGAACGGUCUUGCCAAGAGCUCCUUUUGGAGAAUUGCAUUCCCGCUCUAUUACGUUUUGCUGAGUUUGACCUCGAACCUGCUCUUUCUGGUGGGUUCCUUCCUCUUCCUUCCGAUCAAAGAAAGAGAGCUGACAGUGUCCUUCACAUUCGUUGUGGAGGGAGUAGAUGUCAACGAGGUCAUGACGUCAAACAUCUCGCUCUUUCAACAGCUGGAGCGGAACUUCACAGGAUUACUCGCAUCAGACAAGAGCAGUCGCAUCAAGCCUCACCAUUCAAACCUGCAGUGGAGGAAGACGACCUCCUGUAGCCUGGAUAAUGCAAUGCUUUUCGAUGUGAAUAUCUAUCCCCGGGAAGGUUACAGCGCCAGCGCCCUGGAGCGCUCCUUACCCCCGGUUUCCUCCAUCAAGGAGGCCUUGAAUGGAAGCUUGACGGCCAUAGGCAUCGACCGGCUCGCCACGGAUGAGAUCGAGGUGAAUGUCGUUAGCAGGCCACGGCUAGUAGAAAGCGCCAUCGUGCAGAAGUGGGCUGUGGACUUGGGCUGCAACCUCUUCAUCAUCGGCAGCGCGCUCUUGGCCUUCAUCUCCGGGAUGGACAUCUUCGAAGACGUGCUUCUCUGUGGCCUUAAACUGCCGGGCACAGGGACAGCGUUGCGGACGGCGUCAGGCACGACCUACGAGUGGCUCGGGAGUGAUGCGGAGGCGGCGGAUUCUGACUUUCACGUCAUGAUCGGGCCAAGAUCCGAGAAGCUGCUGUAUUUAUCCGGUGGCUUGGUCUUCUUGGUUGGGACGAUCUACUUUCAGCACCCCCAGAUGCUCACCCAACGGCUUCCGUCCGAAGUUGUUGCAGAGGAGGAUGUUCUGUUUUUGGCAAUCUGGAUGUUCAUUCUGGGUUCCAUCAUCUUUGUUUUUGCCACCUUCCUGAAUGCUCUCACGCUGAAUGCCUCCGGCCGCACCUUCAUCCACUGGUCUGUGGCCACCUGCGGAAUCUACGAGCUGGGCGGCAUUCUCUUCGUGAUGGGAUCGGUCUGCUUCAUGCCCAAUCAGGGCUGCAAGGAGGGCAUGGAGAUCCUGGGAGCCUGGUGCUUCAUCCUCGGAGCAGCGUGUUAUGUGCUGGGUGACUUCAUCGACUUCAUGAAGACCAGCGCCCUGAUCUUCCUGAGGCUUAGGCAGGAGGAGGCAGCACGCCGCAUCGAGCGAGCGAUGCUGGCCUUCCUCUUUCGCCGUCGGCUGGAGCAAGCCGGCAAGCUGUGUAGCAACCCAUCGCAGUCCCCUCCCACGCUCUCAAGAGGCCUUUCUCGGGCUCGCAGUGGCAGCGUGACCCAGGCCGGACUGGUGACAACCUUCAGGCAAGCGAUGCUUCAGAGAACAAUCAUACAGGCUUUGCAGUUGAGGGACGUGCCUGAUUUCCGAUGUGAUGUCUGA